ACGCUGUGAGGAAGGUGCCUCACUCUUUGACCUGCUGCCUCAGAGCCAGAAGACGGAAGUGAACGACCUGCUGAACGUCAGCACCCACACAGGAGAGUUUGAGCAGAGCACCGGGCGGCUCAACGUGGAUCUGGAUGACCUGGCCGUGCUGGACGAUAGGGGGAGACAGAUCCUCCUGGCAUUUGUUAACAGCGGAAUAAUGGACCUCAACUACACGGAGAGCCUUGAGCAGAUUAAGAAACCGGUUGUGACAGGCUCCCUCCUCAACCUGGCCGACGGCCUCAGAAACCUGUCGAUGAAACAGGGUGAACUUGAAAUUAGAAGCAAUUUAACAAGGCAGGCUGAAAGACUCGGCGAAAUACAGAACACGACAGUGAGGACAAUAGAAGGGCACCUGGCCCAGUUAAACACAAGUUUCCAAUAUUUAUUGUCAUUUGCUCCGACAGUACAGGUCACUCAGUGCCUCACCAAUAAACUACAGCAAUACCUCAGCCAGUACCUUAACUGGGUCCGGGACACCAUUAUCAACGACCUGCUGUCUUGCCAGCCAGCUGCAAUCCUCCUCGAUAACGCCCGCAUCAUUUCCUGUGACUACAUCACCGAUCCCUGGGUAAGUGAGCAAGGCAGGAAUCCUGUCUGGGAAGCACGACCCUCUCAAUCCCGACUUUCGGAAUCUCCCGAGGCCUUUCUCAGCCGUCCCGGGAUGGGAUUGUAUCCGCAGCGUCUGUACCCCGAGGCUAUAGAGCCCCAUCAUCCUCCACACACCGGUAAUAUCCGUGCCACACAUAUGCCAGGCUAUUAA